UAUCCUUUUUAAUUUCCUUCAGCCUUCAAUCUUCGCACACUAGCUGCCCUAGCAGAGAAGAUCGCGGCGGCUGCGGUGGCGGACGGAGGCUAAAGCAGGGAAGGCUGCGGCUUUGUUUGUGGAUUCUCUCCUUUCUUUACAUAUUUAUACAUAAAUACACAUUGUCGAUGUGUUUUUGAAGCUGACUUGAUUAGAGAACAGGAGGUUCAAGUUGGAAUUUUCGAGAAAUAGCAGGAUCCAGGAAGAAGAUGAACAAGGACAAGAUAUUCAAGUUAGCGAAGGGUUUCCGGGGUAGGGCAAAGAACUGUAUUAGGAUAGCAAGGGAGAGGGUGGAGAAGGCCCUGCAAUACUCUUAUAGGGAUCGACGGAACAAGAAGAGGGACAUGCGCUCUCUGUGGAUUGAGCGCAUCAACGCUGGUACUCGUUUACAUGGGGUAAAUUAUGGUAAUUUUAUGCAUGGAUUGAUGAAGGAGAAUAUCCAGCUUAAUAGGAAAGUGCUUUCUGAACUCUCCAUGCAUGAGCCAUACAGUUUCAAGGCUCUUGUAGAGAUCUCUCGCAAAUCUUUUCCUGGAAACAAGGUUCCUCCCAGAAAGGAAGGCCUAUCCAUUCUCGUGUGAACUUUCUUUGUCUGAUGUUCAGUCUCUUGUUUAUGAUAAAUUAUCCAUAGUCAAGACCUCAUUAUAAUUCUAGAGAGAUUAUUAUAUGUGGAGAUCGGACAUAGAAUUGUUCGAUUCUGCCUCUGUGAACAGUAAGAGCGCAGUAUUGAACAGUAAAAGUGCGGUGAUGAACAAUAACUGUGUUUUUACUGUUCUCAGGAAUAAAACCGAACAGUUUUUUGUGUCCAGUCUCUGUACGUAAUAAUCUCUUCAAAUUCUAAUGUGAACUACUGUCAAAGUUAUAUAUUAUAUUUCUGAGUACUUUAAGGGUAUUAUAUCUGUUCUUUCCUUUCA